CAGUCCUGCCUUGAGGCCCUGCAGGAAACAGUGGAGGAGCAGUUUCCCUCUGGACAGACAGGCCGGCGCUGGAGCAGACGAACGGUCACACUGCCUCCGUUCACAAGCUGCUUCUGCUGGAUCGCUGCUGCAAGACAGUGGACAGAUGGCAAAAUGUCUCUCUGCAGGUUUUACACAGCUGUGACAAAAAUGUUUCAACAGCAGUUACGACCACCUGCUGUAGCUGCAGGAUCUGACACUGCAUCACUCCAAGUUCUUCCUGUUAGACGACAAGAUGUGUUCAACUGAUGGGAGUCCUCUCACCCUCAGAGACUCGACCAGAGCCUCCAGACGAAGAGCUUUCUUCUGACAGCUCCUCCUGUUCUCCUCCAGCUCCUCCCUCAGUCUGCUUGGCUGAAGCCAUGAGGACGACUGAGUUUGACUCCUCAUCUGAAGAGGACGAGGUUGGAGAGGAGCAGCUGACGCCCUUUCACAUCUCAUGGUUACCUCUGUCUAUAGUGGAGUGCUCGCAGUUUCUUGGCAUAUGUGCACUACCAGGCUGCAGAUACAAAGAGAUCCGCAGGAAUCUGGAAAGAGAUGUUGAGGAGCUCCAGAACCAGGGCGUGCAGGACGUGUUUGUUUUCUGCACCAGAGGAGAGCUUCACAAGUACAGAGUUCCCUCCCUGCUGGAGGUCUACCAGCAGCGAGGCUUCACAGUUCACCACACGCCCUUCCCAGAUGGAGACGCUCCUGAGCUGGAGCAGUGCUGCCAGAUUCUCGAGGAGCUGCAGGUCAGCCUCGAGGACAACAAGAGGACUGUGAUCCACUGCUACGGAGGCCUGGGACGCUCUGGAUUAAUCGCUGCCUGUCUGCUGCUUCAGCUCUCUCUGACAAUGACAGCAAACAAAGCCAUUGAAAUCCUCAGGGAGCACCGAGGAGGAGGAGCGAUACAAACUGUGAAGCAAUACAACUUCCUCCAUGAGUUUCGGGAAAGGUACGCGGCCUACCAAGAAAGCAGAGAGGUUUGCACAGAGCGCUCAGUGUCUCGGUGAUCAGUUCUCCUCCCAUCAGUGAACCGGGAAAAUAUCAAUCUCUUCAGACUCUCAUUUCUCAGCGAUUGUUUUCUGAUUGUGUGAAUUAAAUUUAUUCUCUGAUGAUUGCACUUUAACAGAAUACUCUAAUAUAUUGCUUUUUUUAUCCUCAUUACAAUCAAAUUAAAGGCUUGAUGAGGAAAAUCCUGCUGGGGUGUUAUUAGUAAGUUUAGAAUACAUUUUCUGCAUUUAUAUCACAUUUGGAGGUUUUGUUAUAAAUGAUGAGCAUAAGGUGGCCUGUUUUGUCUUUACUCGACUUUGAAUAGUAUACGUAUCAUUAAGCUAGAUGGGGGGGCUUACCAUAUUUAAACUUUAUAGGAGCUCUAUACGACAUUCAUAGCCUUUCUAUGAGUCAGAGGUUGUCUGCAUCCAGCUCAACAUGAAGCUGGCUGAGCUAGCAGCUAUCAGCGAACGGUGCUAACACAUGAACAGUGCUAACAAUGGCAACACUGCAGAAGCAGGUCCUCAGGAAGUGGGCCGGGUUUUGAAGCCAAUUAUCGUAUUGGUCUAACGGUGGGAUUACAGCAUCCAGGUUCGUCACAUGAUUUAACCAUGCGCCCCAAAAGACUUUCUUCCGAGAGAUUAACAUUAUGAAAGAGACAUCUGCAUAUCGGAUACUUUUCUCUCUUUUUUUGCAUCAAAACAACUCACUUUUUGGGAUUUGAGCCAUUCGGUCUGACAAUAUUUAGAAAAUCUUUUUAUUCCCAUUCAAGUUAGCAGAGGGCUAAACCGGAAGUUAGCCACUCGGCUGGCAAAGUUUCUUGUGCGAUUGCUCUAUGGGUCCAAUGAUGUGUAACAUCUGGCUAAUUGUAUACACUGGAAGUUGAACUUUUUUGGCUUCAUGCACAACUGAGCAACUUGGACAGGAAUGAAUGGGACCCCGCCUCCAACGCUGUAUCCAGUUUACUUUGUACAUGGGCGUGCUGACAGAGCUAAUGGUGUUAACUCGGGGGUAAACCAGAGGGUGGGCUCUAUCCCAUUAUCAGUGGUAACUGCCAUAUAAGCGUCAUGUAGAGUGCUGGAGAUUAGCAAGCCAGUUGGAUACACUCACAGGGACUACCACGCACUACAUGCAGACUGUUUGCCACAACAAAGAACCGAGAAGCUCAGAUUACAACACAAAGCGGAAGCGUGACUAUAUUCUCUGCUCAAAGCCAUUACGCCACCAUCUUUACACAGCUAAUAGCUGUUAGCUGCUAUAUAAGGCUCUGAAUAUUGUAUACAGCACCUUAACUUUUUAUAAACAUGUAUUCAAUGAGCUGCAUUUUCUGUCAACCCUCUCUAAAUCUGCAGCA